AUGGGCGAUGUACAAACGUUAAUGGAUAUGGGCUUCCCCAAAGAAAGAGCGGAAUACGCAUUAAAGGUUACCAGCAAUAAAGGUGUUGAACCGGCUAUGGAAUGGUUGUUAGCUCAUGUCGAUGAACCAAUUCCGCAGCAACCUGCUGCCGAGGAAUCACCCAGCACCUCAAAUACCGAGAAAGCUGCUGCUGGCGAAGCAAAAUCACUUAAAUGUGACGACUGCGGUAAACUGUGUAAAGAUCAGGGUGAGGUGGAAUUUCAUGCUGCCAAGACGGGUCAUAGCAAUUUUUCGGAAUCUACCGAGGAAAAGAAACCCUUAACAGAGGAGGAGAAAAAACAACAACUGGCUCUGAUUGAAGAAAAACUCAGGCAAAAACGUUUAGAGCGGGAAGAGCGCGAAAAGCAAGAUGCUCUAGAACGUGAACGUAAUCGCAUUAAAUCGGGCAAGGACAUGUCUGAAGCUCGUAGGCGUGCCGAGGAAUUGGAAAUGAAAAAGAUAAUUGAACAGCGUAAACGUGAGAAAGCCGAAGAAAAGGCAGCACGCGAACGUGUAAAGGCUCAAAUAGAGGCUGAUAAAGCCAGACGCAAAGCCAGUCAGACAUCACCCACUGCCGAAACAACACCGGUUGCUUCAUCGUCGGUGUCGUCCACCACAACCACUGCUGAUGUUAAAUCUCCUCCAAAGGAAUACAAGGAAACCCGAAUUCAAAUACGUCUCCAAGAUGGUUCUACUCUAACGGAAACAUUUAACGUUAACGAACAACUAUCCGCUGUACGUGUGUUCAUACAAAUGAAGACCGGUAACGAAACGCCAUUUGGUCUAAUGACAACAUUUCCUCGCAAAGUUUUUGACUUUGAUGACUUUGAGAAACCCUUAAGCGCCCUGGGUCUGGUACCAUCGGCCGUUCUCAUAAUGACCAAAGUCAAUGUUUGA